GAGUUAAGAGAACAGGAGUUUAAAAAAAAUAAUUUGAUCAUUCCAUUUUUAUUGUUUUCGCGUCGCCUCAUUAAUUAAGUAGUGUCCACAGUAACAUAAGUUUUUAUGUUCGUUGAUUUCGUUUUUUUUACAAGAGUCGUCUUUUAAUUUUUUUACUGAUCAACAAAGAGAUUGCGAAAAGUAGCGCAUCAACCGAAAUGCGAAAAAUCUGAAAUUAAUAAAAGAACGGAAAUUAAACAAAAAAAAACAGUCGAUUAUUUAGUUUUGUCUUUUGUUUAUUGCAUUGUUGACAAAAUACAACAACAAAAAGGAAGAAAUAAAUACGUUCACGAACGUUCUCAAUAUUUUUUUAAGAUUACCUUAAAUUGGUUCCAUCAUGAAGGACGAUUUAAUUCAUGUUAGAGUGUAAGUAGUGUAAUUUAAUGAUGUAUUUAAUUGGACUGCCUGGGUCUGUACUUCCGUAAAAAGUUUGAAAUAAAGUGUUUUUUGUGUAAUAUUGUUUGAUUCGUGAAAGUAACAAUCCAUUUGCAAGUUAAAUGAUAAUGAGGCAACGCAUGCAAUAAGUGAAGUUGAUAGUUUAGGAGUGGUGUAUUAUUAAGUACAUAAUAAGUAUGUUAUUUUUAAUUUCAUAUACACCCUUGUCUGCGUAUAUACAUAUAAGCCAUUACGAAAAAAAUUACUGUUAUAAAAUUACACAAGAUUUGAUGCCAUAGAAAGAAAAAAAUUUUAUUUAGCCAUACGUUGCUAAUUUAAGCUAGGUUUUCCGUUAUGGUGAAAUAUUUUACGCGAUAUGGCAACACGGGGUUCCAUUUUUCUUUUUGUUCGAAACUGAUGUUAGGUUAAGUGGUAUGACAAACUUACCGUUUUGUAUAUACAUAUGUUUGAUUAAAUUUUUACAAAAAACAAGAUAAUUAUAAGAUACAUUUCUAAGUUCUUACAUAACAAUUAAAAUGUCAGUUGCAGAAAUACUUAUAAAGACAGUAAAUUUUGCUUCGACUAAGCAUAAGCACCAAAGAAGAAAAGAUGAAGCUCAGACUCCAUACAUAAAUCAUCCUUUAGGAGUAGCUUAUAUACUAACAAGUGAAGCAAAAAUUGACAACAUACAUGUUCUACAAGCAGCAAUUCUUCAUGAUACAGUUGAGGACACGGACACAACAUUUGAAGAAAUAGAAACUGAAUUUGGAGUUGAAGUGUGCAAUAUUGUCAGGGAAGUUACAGACGACAAGUCCCUUACAAAAGAAACCAGAAAAAAAUUGCAAGUAGAGCAUGCUCCUAAUUCAACCUAUGAAGCAAAAUUGGUGAAACUUGCAGAUAAACUAUAUAAUCUUCGGGAUUUAGAAAACAGCCCUCCAGUAGACUGGGAUGAGAACAGAAUUAAUCAAUACUUUAAUUGGAGUAAACAGGUGGUUGAUGGCUUACGGGGAACAAAUGAGGCGAUGGAGAAAUCACUAGAUGACAUUUUUAAAAGGCAUAUUAGUUGUGCAUAAAAAAGAAUAUGAAACCUACGAAGAUCUGUUUGCACACUGUCCACUAACAAAGAGUACCGGACAUUGCAAUUCUAAGAGACUGUCAUCUGGUUC